GCUGAAAUUAGGGUUGUCAACGACAGCUUCUGGGUUCGGUUGUGUACAAUGAGCGACCUCGGCUUUGCCGAAGCUUUUAUGUAUGGAGAUGUGCAGUGCGACGAUUUGAUAUCACUAUUCCAGAUAUUUCUCAUAAAUAAGGAUAACCUCUCUAAUUUGAACUCCCGAUUCUCAUACCUGAUGUCGCUUCCCCAAAAACUUACCUCUUACCGUUUUCUCAAUACCAUUGGAAAUUCGCGAUCGAAUAUCUCGGCCCAUUAUGACAUCUCCAAUGAUAUGUUUGCCGGCUUCCUAUCCGAAGAUAUGACAUACUCAUGCGCGAUCUUAGACGAAAAAGCACCAGCGCCCACGAGACCCGAAGACGAACUGAAAACUUCUCAGACUCGUAAAUUACAGCACAUCAUCAAAAAAGCCGGGAUACGCGACGGAAACCGCGUUUUAGAAAUCGGAUCUGGAUGGGGUUCUAUGGCCAUGACUAUCGCCCAGCAAUACCCAAAUGUAACAGUGGACACCCUGACACUCUCUGUGCAACAACAGUCGCUAGCGCAGGACCGUAUACGAGCUCUUGGCCCAGACAUUGCCAACCGGAUUACAGUACACCUUGUGGACUAUCGCGCAAUGCCUGCAGAGUGGGAAGGCGUUUUUGAUAGAGUGAUUAGCGUAGAGAUGAUAGAAAAUGUCGGGCAUGAAUUUUUAGAACGAUAUUGGAGCGUUGUAGAUUGGGCGAUGAAGAAGAAGGGAGGUGUUGGUGUUGUUCAGGUGAUUACUAUACCUGAGGCUCUCUUUCCAGGGGGUCUCCUGCCAUCCCUUACUUUCCUCCUUCAAACUCUCCAAUCUGGCUCCAAAGGACGCCUCGUUGUUGACUCCAUUUCCAAUAUUGGGCCGCACUAUGCGCGCACACUGCGAGAAUGGAGGCGACGCUUUGAGGCCAAAUUUGAGAGCGUUAUUGUUCCCGCCCUCAGACGCGAAUAUCCUGACGUGAUGGCGCGAGAAGAGGUUGAGGUAUUUAGACGGAAAUGGAUCUAUUAUUACUGCUAUUGUGAAAUAGGGUUCACGACACGAACCUUGGGAGGCAAGCCACCUAUUGUUUCUUCGUACGAGCCUUCCUAA